AUGGCGAGAGCAAAUAACAAAUACACCUCCAUUAACUACAACCACAUCCUCCAAAAAGAGCCUCUUUCUUCUUCUUCUUCCUCCCCUUCUUAUUCCUCCGUCGCUCGUUCCAAUGGCCGUAUGCUCGUCCUCACCAAACCUUCCCCGAAGCCCCUGAAAUCUACUGCCGCCACUACGCCUCCUCCUCCGCUCUCUGCAGCUCCCAAGACCCCGGAUCAAGCCAUCUCUGAUCCAGAUCCGAAUCAGAUCUCUCUCCGUCCUCUAGGUCAUACCGGACCUGGUUCCUCGCUUUCGUUCCCAGUUCGGUCUAAGGAAUCCGAGGAGGUGGCUGCUCCUGCUCCAAUGUCCAUUUCCCCGAAACCUGACCGGUUCGUGCCGCCCCAUCUUAGGCCAGGCUUUGUCCGUAAGGACGAGAAACCUGUACUCGACUCUUCUCGGCUAAGAGAUCCGAGUCCGAGUCAGAGGUUGUCUCAUCAGGAACAUCAACAUCAGCAACAACCGCGGCAGGGGUAUUAUGGGUAUGGGCAGACCGGGCGGCCCAAAUCGGGCGGGUAUGAGAGGAUCCGAUCCGAUCCGGAUCACUUUGGUCGACCAAGAUCGAGCGGAAACCGACCCGGCACCUCCGGAUGGUAUGUUGAUAGCUCUCCGCUCACUUUUAGCUAA